AUGUCGAGUCGAGUCGGUCCUAAACUAUCAGGUCCGCCAGGGAGCAAGUCUCCAGCAAGAACGCACGAUGUUCUCAUUUUGGGCGGCUCCUACAGUGGCAUGUCAGCACUUUUAACCUUAUUAAGUCUUAAAGAUGGCCAAAAGAUCCCUUUGGCAUCCUACGGUGAUUUCUCGCAUCUGAAGGAAGCACCUCUAAUUGCCACUGUCAAAAUCACUCUACUUGACAAAAGAGACGGUUUCUGUAGGUUGCAUCCUCUCGAACUCAGGUCCAACUGUUUUAUGUUAGUAUCCGCUAAUCGGUGCGGAAAUUUAGUUCAUACUGUCGGUCUACCCUUGGCCAGCAUUUCUGCUGAGCACGCCAACCAAAUGUGGAUACGAUAUUCCGAAUUUUCCAGCUUGAAAAGACAGGAUGUUAGAAUUGUUCAGGGUACCGCGUUGGACAUUGAUACAGACAGCCGGGAAGUGCUCUAUAUGAACCAGGAGGGGAAGCAGCAAGCGUUGAACUUUGACUACCUUAUACUCGCCACCGGUAUUUGUCGCCAAUGGCCAGUUGCCUCGGGGGCGACCGAGAAAAGUGCAUUUCUUGAAGGCGUAUCGAAAUAUACCGAAGACAUACGCGCUGCUCAAGAUCAGGGGGUGGCGGUUAUAGGAGGUGGUGCUGUGGGAGUUGAAUUCUCAGGCAAAAUCAAGGCGCUUUACCCAGAAGCUCAAGUGACUCUUAUUCAUUCAGGAAAUACGCUCCUCUCCAAAGAAGCUCUUCCACGAGAAUUCAAAAGUCGUGUGUUAGAAUUGCUUCAGCUGCAAGGUGUUGAUAUUUUACUUGGUGAGCGUGCAACAGUGACUACUGCCGAAGACAAGGGACUCCUUGUCAAGCUUAAUUCUGGUAGCUGCAUGUCCGUGGGAUUUGUCAUCUGGGCUGCGCUAAAAAGAAGCCCCUCGACGCAAUUUUUGCCCAGAUCUCUUCUCAACGACGACGGGAGCAUUAAAAUUGAUCCUCAGUGA